AUGCAUGCUGUGCACUGUUAUCCCGCACUGUAUCAGGAGAGCAACAGGCCGCAAAGCCAUGACUUGGGAACAUCGAGCGCUGCCGGGCUGUCAGCACUGCCGCAGAAAUCGAGACAAGGUGAGCCACGAGUUUUGACGCAUAUGUGCACCGGCGAGAUGCCCCGCACCAGGUGUGCAGCGGAGGGGCAGUACUGCGUUGUCGACAGUUACCAGGAAGAGGAAGACCUUCGAGCCGAGAUUGAAUGUCUGAGGAGGCGGGAGGAGCAGAACAACAUAAUUCUUGACGCCCUCUCAUCCAAGGAUGACGUGGACACGUACAACAUGGUCGCGGAAGGGCUAUUAAAUAGUACCAUGACGCGCCAAGCCGUCGCGCACCAGCUCUCGAACAAGGCUGGGACCAAUCCAAUCCGUCAGGAGGUAGCCGACGACCAAGGACGAUUCACGUCGAGGGCAAUACCAGUCGCAGCUCCGAGCAGUGAGCUGCCGCCAGCUCUCUGCCCGUAUUGUAGCGCAGCGGCGCAGGAAAGAUGA